ACAUGGGAUUAGACGGGGAGGACAGAACCAUAUGGGACUCUAACCUAUCUGAUUAACAGCUUUUUCUUUAUGUGAUUUAAUAUGAAGGCUACAUAGAACGAGGGUGAGACGCACUGAGCACCACGAUGGACUCCAUGGACCAGAGUGAUCAGGAGAAGCUUAUCAUUUCCAUCACCCUGCCACUGUCCACCAUCAUCAUCUUCACCAACCUGAUCAUCAUCAUGGGUAUUGCCUGCAACAGACAGCUCCAUGACAUGCCCAAUUACCUCUUCCUGAGCCUGCUGGUGGCAGAUCUUUGCACGGGCCUUGCUCUGCCCUUCAUCCCUUGCAUGGGUCUCAAUCGAUCGCUGGGCUUUUGGUCCUGCCUGCUCGUACACAUCUUCCCCAAUUUCCUCUUCCUGUCCUUCCUCUUCAACCUGGUCAUGGUGCACUAUGAGCGGUAUCUGUGUAUAGUCCAUCCGCUGCACUACAGACAGUUUUGGGUGCACCGCUGCUUUCCGGCUGCACUUUUAGCCGCAUGGAUUCUUCCUCUCCUCUAUGCUAGUUUACCCGCCUUUGGAUGGAACAACUGGACAGAGAAACAACUUAACCUUAGCUUGGAUGCUAAUAUGUCUAUUGUUAAUGUGUGUGAAAGUGAACCAGCUAGAAGUGGACUUAACUGUUCAGGAAGGACAUUUGAUGAUGAGGAUUAUUGUUCCUACAAACAGAUUUUUCCCAAACCCUUUAUCUACUUGGAAGUCUACGGGCUGCUCCUACCUGCCAUCCUCUCCAUCGUGGUCAUGACAGGCCGAGUUCUCUGGAUUAUUCGAAAGCAAUUGCGUGACAUUUGUAAGCUUAAUCGAUCUGUGGAGCGCAGUGCAACCUCAGAAUACGAACAUCGCCUCAAUCUGCGCUAUGCAAAAUGUGUCACUGCCAUCUCACUCACCUUCCUGGUCUGCUGGGUGCCCUACAUCGUUUACCUGCAUGUUUCUGUCAUGUUACUUCAAAAAGGUGCGAAGAGAAGCUCCUCCUUCAAUAUCAUCCUCUCGUGCACUGGAAUCGGCAGCAUGGCUAUCAUACCCAUCAUACUCAGUCUCUCCAACAGGCAGUACACAGAGCCAGUAUGCAAUAUGCUGAUGAAAAUCAGGACUCGCUGUGCUGGAAUACAGGAUUUAGGAGAUUCUCCCUGA